AUGGAGCUCUCUAGAACAAAAAACGUAACAGAUCCAAAUAACAACGUUCAUGAUGAAGAUAUUUUUUCUAGUUGGAAUAAAGAUAUUGAUAAUGAUACUAAACAAACUUUUGAUAAUAACUCUAAAGAAAAAAGUAAUAGUAAUAAGAAACAAACCGAAUAUACCUUACCUGGCGUACUUCAUUUUCUCCAAUCAGAAUGGAGGCGCUAUGAGCGAGACAGGAACGAAUGGGAAAUUGAGCGUGCCGAAAUGAAGGCUCGCAUUGCACUAUUAGAAGGUGAACGUCGUGGUAUUGAAACUAUGAAAAUAAAUCUAAUGAGGCGUGUGAAAAUGCUAGAAUUUGCUCUUAGACAGGAGAGAAGUAAAUAUUUGGCCGGCAUACCUUCUAUACAACCUUUAGCAAGGGAAUCAUCCACUGUAUCAACUACUGCAAACGAAGAAGGACUACAAAAUAAUACCCAAUCAACUUUUGGUUUAUCUCAAACUUCCGACCAAUCUUCACAACAUAGAGGCCCAUCAUCAAGUCGGGAUCCUAAUUAUCGCAUCAAAAGUCGUGAAAUUCUUAAAGCAUGCUUGCAAGAAAUUGAUUACCUUACAAAUGCUGCGACUAGUAAUCCAUCUGUCAGCAAUAGACUUUUAAGCCAUCCAACUGGUUUGAAUGGAAUUAAUACUACUCGUCCGAUUCCAAAUCAUAGAGAUAGUGCAAUAUGGGUUGGAGGAAAUUCCACUGCACACAAUGGGAUGCCACCGAAAAGAUUAGGCAAUGUUGCAAUAAGACCUUCUAGGCCUGCUCCAACAACUCCGUCAAUUUUGCCCAUAUUACCAACAAAUUCAUCAAGUCCACCAUUAGAUAAUCCUUUUCCUCCACGUGAAGGUUUAGAGGCUGUUUCUUCUGAGCAAGAUGAAGGUUCUUUCUUUCCUAGAUCUGUUGAUAAAUUAGAUAAGAAUAACGGAAGAUUUUCUGAUGAUGAUCAAUCCUCAUUUGAUUAUCAAAGAAAUGAUAUAACUCCUGGUGAAUCGACUCCAUUCGGUAAUGGAAUUGGUGGCUUAGAGACAAAUACAAAUGUUGAAAACUACUUUGAAAAAGAUGGUGGUACUUCUGCCUUUAACAAAUCAAAUUUUGACGGUGCAUGGAAAAUUCAGAGUCAAAGUGUAGGUAGAAAUAAGAUUCCAUUUCAAAAAAACGCAGAUGAACUCAAAGAAGAGGAAUUUCAAUUGAAAAAAUUUAAUCUGUCAGAUGAAAAAAUUUCGAAACUGAUGAAAAAUUCUUCGAAAAAGAAUCAAGGAAUUUUAUCAAUUAAUACAUCAGAUCCUCAAUUAGACGAACUCAGUUUAUCAGUUGAUGAAGUAGAUAACACAGAGAAAUUAGAGGUUGAUAAAUCACAAGAAAAUAAUUCAGAUAUAAAAAUGUGGAGGCAAAGAUUUACAUUAAAAAACCAUCUUGAUACUGUCCGUUCUGUUUCAUGGCAUAAGUCAGAACUCACAUUUGCAUCUGGAUCUGAAGAUGGCACUGUGAAGUUAUGGGAUUUAAAGGGCCCAGUUUCUUUCAAACCUACAGCUACUCCAGAUAUAGAGCCGAUAACUACAUAUAGAGGUCAUACAGCAGCUGUAAAUUCAGUUGUUAUUGCUUCGGAACAACGCAGAUGUUAUUCAGCUAGUAUGGAUUCUACAAUUCGCGUAUGGAAUUUACCGUCACCAAAACGAGAGACUUAUGGACCUACAGACUCUCCGUUGAACUUGACUACCUACAUUGGUCAUACAGAUGCUAUAUGGGAUUUAAGGUUGUUUCCUAUUCGUAACCUAAAUUCUCAAUUUUUGGCAUCAGCAUCUGCUGAUGGGACGGUUAAGAUUUGGAAUACGGAAGUUGAAGGAUCACCCUUGAAAAGUUCAUGGGGAUAUUACGGCAACAAUUGUGAAAUACCAGUUAACGGAGUUCGUCCUCCAAUACCUACGUCUAUUGACUUUGUCCAUAAUGAUCUUAAGAAAAUAGCCGUUUCAUUCCAAACUUCAAUAAUCAGACUUUAUGACAUUGAAACAGGACAAAGCAUUGUUACCUUUAAUAGUGACGAAACAUACGAUAAAACACCAGCAACACAAAUUAAUCGUAUAAUUGUCCAUCCUACCAUGUCAUUAUUAUUUUCGGCACAUGAGGAUAAAUAUAUUAGAAUCUUUGAUGUCAACAGCGGUAAAUGUAAUUUCUCAAUGCUUGCCCAUCUGGAUUCAGUCACAACGCUUGACAUUGAUCCAUCAGGAAUGGUAUUGAUAUCAGGAGGUCAUGAUAGCUCUAUUCGUUUGUGGGAUAUUGUAUCAACAAAACAAUGUGUUCAAGAGUUUGUAUCACAUCGACGAAAAUCUGACGAGGGUGUAUUAUGUGUUGAAUAUCAUCCAUCUUUACCAUGGAUAGCAAGUGGUGAAUCUUUUGAAUGA